AUUGAUUAUGGGAAAGUAAAUAAAACUAAGGGGUGGGUUUAUCUUGAACUUAUUGAACAGCCAGCAUAACCCAAACUCCCCAGUCCCCAGUUCUUCACCAGGGGCUUGUUACUGGGUUACUGUCGAAACAAUUGGCUUGCAGACUUAACACUGCGUGAAACUGGAGCAGGAAUCCAUUCCUGAUCCAAUACCAAUCGGGGAGGAAAUACCCUGUCAUCUUACCUUGUCAUCUCUCAGUUUUUAAGACAAAUGUUACCUGAAUUAAUUGAAAAUGGCCAACUUUUGGGUCAAAACGUGAGGUACCGAAAUUUAUGAGGAGCAAAACGUUACCUCAUACGUACCCUGUGAAAGGGUUUAGUACGGAAGCAGCAACAUAAAGUGAGAGAGGAGGGAGAGAGAUGGGUUGCGCUCUCACGUCCUGCCGCCUUUAAAACACUUACUCACCGCACCCGCUCUCCUGCCGGCCAUCGGCGGCGGCUGGAAUAAUCCAUUCGACUCAUCCUCGUGGUGGUGGCAUGACGACAGCGACAACGGUGGUGCAUGAUCUCAUAACCUCAUUUUGUUCUCGUCUAUAUUGUUGGCCUCCGUGGCGUGUUGCUUGUGCCAGCUCAGGCUGGCGUAUGCCCUAGCGUCGGAGGAGGAGGAUGUUGAGUCUGUGUGGGAAGUGAGGGGAGGCAAGUGGACAAAGCUCGUUCCUGAUUUUGUGAGGGACGGCUUUGUUGCUGCUAAUGGCGGUGGCUUGGCUUCAGUAAGCUUUGGGAGUCUUUGGCUGCAAUGCAAGAAUCUAUUUGUGCAAUUGAUGCUUCCAGAAGGCUUUCCUCAUAGUGUUGCUAGUGAUUAUCUGGACUACCCUCUCUGGAGACUGGAGAGCAGUUCAGGGCGUCGCUAGCCAUGUCAGUGGUGUGCUUGCCACACAGGCUUUGCUUUAUGCUGUUGGAUUGCUUUCCCCAAUUCCUACAGCUGCGGCGGUGAAUUGGGUGCUUAAGGAUGGGAUUGGAUACCUGAGCAAGAUUAUGCUCUCGAAAUAUGGGAGGCAUUUUGAUGUCAAUCCGAAAGGGCGAAGUUAAUCAGGGCCCAAAAAGUUGGACAUUGCUAUUUUUUGGCACCAUAUAAUUGGCUUAGAGAACAAAGUCGAGCAGAUAUUGAGCUUUUGAGGGAGGAGCUAGAGAUAGUUACAGAGAGAAGAUUCAUGGCGUCUUCAAAGCUCCAAGCGCUGUGGAACCACCCGGUCGGCCCUAAAACCAUUCAUUUUUGGGCACCGACUUUUAAAUGGGGCAUCAGCAUGGCUAAUAUUGCUGACUUCUCUAAACCACCUGAAAAUCUUCCAUAUCCUCAGCAAAUAGCCGUUGCAUGCACUGGAAUUGUCUGGUCACGCUAUUGUACUGUUAUCACUCCUAAGAACUGGAAUCUUCUUAGUGUCAACGUAGCAAUGGCCGGGACAGGCCUCUACCAACUCUCACGGAAAAUACGGCAGGACUAUUUCUGUGAGGCAGAACCAGCUGUUGCAGAACAAUGAUGACGAAAAUUGUUUGAACCACAUCUCGUCAUGGGUGCAAGGAUUAUGUUGCCUCUUUCCGUUGUACAUGCGAUUCCUUUCUUUGGAGGGUCUUGAUAGGAAAUUAUGAUGUAGUGUGGGAUUUUGUACUUCUGAUUAUGAUCAUGCAUGCUCGUUAAUUAACUGAUAGGGAACAGUUGAAGAGCCAAAAGUUCAUGAUUGACAAAUAAUCUGUUCCUCUAAAUUUCUUAAUUAUCAGUUUCCUUCUCAUCCAAA